AUGGUAGUGGCAUCAACAGCCCUGGACCCACUUUACCACAAAAACAAUAUAACAAAAGAUGAUUACAUCAAUAACGAUAAAGAUGAUACCAAUUCACUGCUUACCACAUACGAUGGAAGCGGGGCACAGCUGUGGUCGGGUGCCGUACCUAUCGCUGGGGCUUUGGCAUUGACUGCUACAGCUCUUUCGAUUGUUUCGAUAUUAUCCCAUUUGAAAAACUAUAGGAAGCCGCAUCUACAACGAUUCGUUGUGCGUAUUUUAGGAAUGGUACCGAUUUAUGCCUUAACUUCUUGGGCAAGUCUAAUUUCACUCGACGCUGCUUUCUAUUUGGAUGCCGUACGAGAUAUAUAUGAAGUAACGUGUCUUGGCAUAAUGAUUCAUGCAUUUGUAAUAUACUGUUUUUUCAACCUACUAAUCAAUUAUCUGGGUGGCGAACGUUCACUCCUAAUUCUACUUCACGGUCGCCCGCCGACGCCACACGUGAUACCCGUCAGUCUCUUCACAAGAGAGAUGGAUGUCGGGGAUCCGUACUCAUUCCUAUUCUUGAAACGUGGAAUUCUUCAGUAUGUAUACAUAAAACCGAUUCUCGCCGCUGUCACUCUGAUACUAAAGUGGUUUGAAACGUAUCACAAUGGUUUGAUCGCGGUGCAGAGUGGAUACUUUUGGGUGUCGCUUAUUUUCAAUGUUAGUUGUUCUUUGACGCUCUAUUGUUUGGCAAUGUUUUACAUGUGCACCAAGGAGGAUUUGAAGCCGUAUCGACCGAUACCGAAAUUUUUGUGUGUGAAAGCAGUUAUUUUUUUCUCUUUUUGGCAAGGAUUCGCUAUUUCUAUGUUGGCAUGGUUAAAUGUAAUACCUGCCGAUGAAUACAUUUCGGUAGCUAUUCAAGAUUUUUUAAUAUGUGUGGAAAUGGUUGCUGCUGCAAUAGCACACUGGUACGCAUUCUCCUACAAAGAUUACUACAACCCGUACGUGCUAUCGGCUCGUAUGCCAAUGAAGUACGCGUUAAAAGACGCCAUCGGAAUGAAAGACGUGAUCGAGGACACGCUCGAAACACUACGUGGCUCGCGAUUCAACUACCGAACCUUCGAGCCGGCCGAAGGCAUGGCACACAUCGGGGCUAGUAGGACUUCGCGAAUCAUGGCAGGUCUGAGGUACGCUUCGGGCGGCGCAAGCAAAUACUGGGUCGCGGAUCCGAAUCAGAGAACCGCGCUGUUGAGUGGGGGAAGUACCGUUGGUAAUGUUGGUCAUGCAGAAAAUCAAGAUUACGAUUUGGAUUUUCCGGAUCAUCUUGACGAGGAUGUCGAAUCUAUGUAUGAUCAUAGUAGAAAAUUGGGAAAGUAUGGUGAUUAUAAUUUCCCGGUCAUCGAUGGAAAUUAUGGAAAACGAAGGGAAAAUUCUUCGUCUACUGCACCGUCGUCUUCAUCUACGUCCUUGCAAAAGAAAGGAAAGGGAAAGCGUAAGGAUACUCUGUCAAAAAAGAGCAGUGCGAUUGCGAAUAAUAAGCCAAAGAAACCAAGGCAACUUAGUGAUGUUGUUCCACCUUUCCGACCAGGAUGCGUGGAUCUUGUUACCGAAGUAAAAGACGAGUCAGGUCGACAUCUUGAAAGUUAUGUGGAGACUAUCGAAAAGAUGACUACACCUUCGUCAUUACAAGGACAAUCUUCUUUUCCUAUAUUGGAUCCAUUUGUGCUUGGUGUUCGAUUAUCGCCAAAUGUUCCCCUUCAACCACAAAAUCAUUAUAAUCAUCCUGCUUACAUAAAUAAAACUAAAACAACAACACCACCGAUAAUAAGUUAUCAUAAAAAAGGGGAACCACUGUCAAAUGGCAUUUCAUCAAAUGGCAGAAUAAAAGGAUCAAAUUACUUCAUAUCGAGUAAUAAUUCGCCGCCGCCGUCUUCUUUUAAAAUUAGCAACAACAGUGGCAGCAAUAACAUCACAAAAUCCAAACCGGUACCAAUAAAAGGAUCAUCACGGCAAUCAGAAAAGCGGCGAUCUGUGCGAUCUAUUGAGAAAAAUAUGUGGAAGGAAGAUAUAUGGAAUAGUCGAGUCGAUUAA